AUGGGCAGCACGAUGGUUACGUCUAGAUGGUUGGUGCAAGUUGUGCGGCGGCUGCCGCCGCCGCCGUGUUUGCGGUGGUCUCGCCGCUGCUACGCCACGAAGAAGAGCAGCGCAGAGGCCCCCAGAAUCAAUCCCGUGGGGAUUCAGUACUUGGGUGAGUCGCUGCACCGGCAGGUGUUUGGCAAUGGUGGAGGUGGUGAGGAGGCUGAUCAUGGUGACAAACUUAUAGAGCUGUCGAAGCAGUCGCUGAGGGACCACGGUUUGUGGGGGAAGAAGACGCUCAUCACAGAGCCAAUAGCGUUUCCCCUGCCCCCGCUGCAGGGUCAAUCGCUGGACGAGCACUUCCAGAAGAUUGGGCAGUUCAAUUCAGAACCCUACAAGAGUUUUUGUGGCGACAAGUUCACACAAAUGGUGCCUCGACCGGCGCAAUGGCUUCGCCAGCCCGGCUGGGUCAAGUACGUUCCUGGAGCGGCUCCUGUCGAGGUGCCGUAUCCGGACGAAGAGCUGGUUGUGUUCGACGUGGAGACGCUGUACAAUAUCUCGCACUAUCCGACGCUGGCCACGGCCCUGUCGUCAACGGCAUGGUACUUGUGGUGCUCGCCAUUCAUAUGUGGCAGCGAGGACCCUGCUGCGCUGAUACCCAUGAACACGUUGCGGAAAGAGCAGGUCGUCAUUGGCCACAACGUCGCGUACGACAGGGCACGGGUCCUGGAAGAGUACAAUUUCCAGGACUCGAAGGCCUUUUUCUUGGACACUCAGUCACUGCAUAUUGCGUCGUUUGGGCUUUGUUCCAGGCAGCGUCCAAUGUUCAUGAAAAAUAACAAGAAAAAGGAGACAGAACAAGAGACAGAAGCGCAGUCGGAGAUCUCCAUCGAAGAUUACGACGACCCCUGGUUGAACGUGUCUGCUCUGAACUCGUUGAAGGAUGUAGCAAAGUUUCACUGCAAAAUCAAACUGGAUAAAGCCGAUAGAGAUUUCUUCGCAGCAACGGACAAAUCGACGAUAAUUGAAAACUUCCAGAAACUGGUCAACUAUUGUGCGACCGACGUAACGGCCACCAGCCAAGUGUUUGAUAAAAUCUUCCCCGUUUUUUUGAAGAAAUGCCCCCAUCCCGUUUCGUUUGCAGGUCUGAAAUCAAUGAGCAAGUGUGUCCUACCCACGAAGUUGAAUGACUGGAACAAGUACUUAGACAGCUCGGAGUCUCUGUACCAACAAUCCAAAGUGGAAAUAGAGUCAAAGAUCGUCCAAAUUAUCAAGGACAUUGUCCUCUUGAAAGACCAACCUGACACGUAUCGCAAGGACCCGUGGUUGUCACAAUUGGACUGGGCAUCCAAACCUUUGAGAAUGACCAAAAAGGGCGUUCCCGCGAAGUGUCAGAAACUCCCCGGGUUCCCGGAAUGGUACAAGCAACUUUUCCCUUCAAGGGACACCAUAGAACCGAAAGUCACUAUCAAGUCAAGAAUCAUUCCGAUUUUAUUCAAGUUGUCCUGGGAAAACUCCCCCGUGAUCUGGUCGAAGGAAUCUGGAUGGUGCUUUAAAGCAUCGCAGGACCAAGUAGAAGCGUUCAAGGCAAAAAACUAUGUCUUAGCAGAUAGUGUAUCCCAAGAAGAGGAGCAAAUACGAUCGCGAGAUCAAGGAUCGUCAUCAUUAUCAACCUCGACGGACGUUCUUUUCAAAGUGCCUCACCCUAAUGGACCCGAUUUUAAUUGCACAAAUCUCUUGACRAAAUCGUACAAUCAUUUUUUCGAAAAGGGCGUACUGAAGUCGGAAUCGGAAUUGGCACAUCAAGCUUUACAAAUCAACUCUUCCGGUUCAUAUUGGAUGUCCGCAAGGGAAAGAAUCCAAUCCCAAUUCGUCGUGCCCAGCUCGAAAUUCCCCAGUGAAUUCCGCUCUUUAAGAGCAAAACCAUUGCCAAAUAGUGCUUCGGCAGAUGACAUUGCAAUAAUUAUACCAAAAAUUGUACCCAUGGGUACCGUCACUAGAAGAGCUGUGGAAAAUACUUGGCUGACUGCGUCCAACGCAAAGUUAAACAGAAUAGGUUCCGAAUUGAAAACUCAAGUUAAGGCGCCUCCAGGUUAUUGUUUCGUUGGCGCAGACGUGGAUAGUGAAGAACUGUGGAUCGCAUCGUUAGUUGGAGAUUCCAUUUUUAAUGUUCACGGUGGUACCGCCAUUGGUUGGAUGUGCUUAGAAGGUACUAAAAAUGAAGGUACAGAUUUGCAUACAAAGACGGCUCAAAUCCUGGGUUGUUCUCGUAAUGAAGCUAAAAUCUUCAAUUACGGUAGAAUUUAUGGUGCCGGUGCUAGGUUUGCUAGUCAAUUGUUGAAAAGAUUUAACCCAUCUCUCACUGACGAGGAAACAAAAAAAAUCGCUAAUAAAUUAUACGAAAAUACAAAGGGUAAGACGAAAAGAUCGAAACUUUUCAAGAAAUUUUGGUAUGGUGGCUCCGAAUCAAUCUUAUUCAAUAAACUAGAAAGCAUCGCCGAACAAGAAACUCCAAGGACUCCGGUCCUAGGUUGUGGUAUUACCUAUUCUCUCAUGAAGAAGAAUUUAAGGGCGAAUUCCUUUUUACCUUCGAGAAUUAAUUGGGCUAUCCAGUCAUCUGGUGUUGACUAUUUGCAUUUGCUUUGUUGCUCUAUGGAAUAUAUCAUCAAGAAAUACAGCCUUGACGCCAGACUCUGUAUUUCCAUCCAUGAUGAAAUUAGAUUUUUGGUCAGUGAAAAGGACAAAUACAGGGCUGCUAUGGCUUUACAGAUUAGUAAUAUAUGGACAAGGGCCAUGUUUUGUCAACAAAUGGGUAUAAAUGAACUACCGCAGAACUGUGCCUUUUUCUCAAUGGUUGAUAUCGAUUCAGUCAUGCGUAAAGAGGUUAAUAUGGACUGUAUCACACCAUCAAACAAAACUGCCAUUCCACAUGGAGAGGCAAUUGAUAUCAAUCAACUAUUAACCAAACCGGAUAGUGCGUUGGGCGAUCCAAACACUGAAAUCGAUAGCCAAGUAUCACAAUACACAUACACAUUCAGAGAACCUGUAUUCGAGGAGUACAAUAAGACAUACACAGCAGAAUUCCUAAAAUAUUUUCUCGCAAUGCAAGUUCAAUCAGAUAAGCGGAAUGUCAAUCAACUGGAAGAGGAAUACCUGCGGGAGUGUACAUCCAAAGAAUACGCUAAGGAUGGCAACACUGCGGAAUACAGUCUUUCAGACUAUCUACAGGAUGUGAAAAAGGGCAAAAGAACUAAAAUACGUAUCAUGGGGUCUAAUUUUUUAGAUGGUACCGAAAAGGCUAAUACCAGCCGACGAACCGACCCCUCUGUCAAUAUGCACGAUUAUGGUUCGCUUCAUAAAAUUGCUAAUGAUUCUAUAACGCCCCAAGAGCAACUUGUGAAGGACAAGGAAAGGGAGAAAAAGGUAGACGGUUCAAUCGAAGAGAACAAGAGGACAUUGACGAAGAAAAAGAAGACUACAUCCAUGGACAGGAAAUACAAACGAGUUUAUGGUGGCAGAAAAGCAUUUGAAGCGUUUUACGAUUGUGCAAAUAAGCCACUGGACUACGCUUUAGAGACCGAGAAGCAAUUUUUCAAUAUUCCUGUAGAUGGGGUAAUUGAUGAUGUUCUGAAUGACAAGACUGACUAUAGAAAGAGGCCAUUGCGAGCAAGGGCAACAUCAUCAUCAACACGCAAGACCGCAAAGGAAGCACCACUAAAACAACAAUCGGUACACAAACCAAACACCAAAAAAAUGGGUGUACUUGAACUGGAAAGGGACAAUACUUUACCAAAGGGCAAUAGCCAAAAACUGCAUUAG